AUGGCAAAUUCAAUGAUUCAAUUGGAUGAUUUACCUGAUGAGAUUUUUAUGAUGAUUUUUAAAAAUAUGUGCAAAACUGAUGUACUCUAUUCUUUAAUAGAUGUUAAUCAACGACUUAAUACAAUUGUAUAUGAUCCAAUUUUUACUAAUCACUUGAUCUUACUGGAACAUUCCUCGGAUGACUCCAUAAAUUCGUUAACUGAUGCAAUACUUGAUCGAUUUUGUUUACAAAUUUUACGCAAAAUUAACUAUAAAAUCAAACGCCUUGAUCUUGAAUCAUCAUCUAUGGAACGUAUCCUUCUUGCUACAAACUAUCCUAUUUUAUAUGAACUUAGUUUAUAUAAUAUUGAUUUGAGAACAUUUCGACGUUGCUUUUUUGGCGAAAAUGCAUUAAUUGAUCUAUUUAAAAAUCAAAUUUUAUCACUUACUUUCAAUAUGAAUGUGAAUAAAAAGCAAGAUGAUAGAGACUUUAGGAAUACAAUUAUAUUUCAACAUAUCAUUAACUUGUUCACCAAUCUACAAUAUUUGAAUUUCUGUCCAUCUUCAAUUUGGUAUUCAAAUAUAUCGUUUGAUUGUUUAAUUGAAAAUUUAGUCUCUUCAACUGUCUUAGAACUGCAUGUCACUGUAAAUAAUUUCGAUGAUUGUCUUUAUUUACUUGAUGGGCGAUUCAAUCAACUUCGUACACUUCAUGUUAAUGUUUCUGACAUACACUCUGCAGAGCUAACAAUCGAUAAUACGGAAAAUUUACUUAAUUUAAAAUGCUUCUCGUUAUAUUCCAACAUAGAGACAAGUGCUUAUGAUGAAUUAAUUGUUCCACUUUUAUAUCGAAUGAUCGAUUUAGAAGAACUUGAUUUAUAUGUUAAAAUUUGUGACAAGAAAACAUUUGUGGAUGGUAAUGAUUUGAAAAAAAAUAUUAUCAAUAAUAUGUCACGAUUAAAAAAAUUUCAAUUUUAUAUUCGUUCAACUAUUGAUCUUCUUCAUCAUAUGAAUUUACCAUCGAAUGAAGAUAUUCAAUAUACAUUCGAAGAUUUUCAUCAUAAUCAUAUUAUUUCUUAUGUUGAUUACUUUUCCGAUACUCAACAAGGUCGAUGUCAUAUUUAUUCAUAUCCUUAUACACUUAGCGAAUAUAAUAAAAUAACUAAUAAUUUUCCAGGUGGAGUAUUUAAAUGUGUUUCUAAAAUAUCAUUAUAUGAUGAACGACCUUUUGAACAUGAAUUUUUUCUUCGAAUUGCUCAAUCAUUUCCAUUUGUGAAAAAAUUAAUUUUAGAAAAUAUGAAGCCUCAAAAUGAUAAACAAUGCAAAAAUUCAGAAGAUGACAAUCAAGUUUUACCAAUUAUUGAAUAUCCUCAUCUUAUCAAACUUGAUCUUACUGAAGCUCAUUUAGAUUAUAUCGAACUAUUUCUACUUGAUACCAAAACGCGUUUGUCAAAUAAUGUUAAUCUUGUUGUCAUUUACCAAGCACUGAGAAGAGUAACAGAAAAAUUUACAAAAGAUGCUACACGAAUCAAUGGCGAAAAAUUGCAUCGUUUGAGUUUGCUUGGUAAAUAUCGAAUUCCUAAAUAUGUAAAAGAAUAUUUUUCUCAUACAGAAAUAUUAAAUUAG